CCCGAAGCGGUCGCCUGGUAUUACGGUAGCGAGGCCUCGGACAUCAUCAAUUUUGGCCCCUCCUCUAAAUGAAUCACGCCUCGACACACGCUUUGGGGAAACGCCACCUCCAUUACUCGACACACGCCUCGAAGCCUCGGCUCAUCUCGCAAAAUCACUUGUAGAACCGGAUCGGGUUCUGAUCAGAUCAGAACUCCAUCGACAAUGAACCAGAAUCCAACCCAGAUCCAGUUCCUGUCAGGAUCCAGCCGGUUUCAGGACGUAGAGUCCAGGCAGCUGCUGCAGCUUCUCAGACCGUCUAGAGGAGCUGGAUCAGAACCAGAACCUGAAGCCGAUCUUUGUCUGAGCAGAGAGGACCUGUGGGUGCGUGAAGGGAAGAUACUAGAUCCAGAGAAGUUGUUCUUCGAUGAACAGGGCUACGCCGACCAGCUGGUGGACUGCGAGGACAGCAUCAUCGCACCGGGAUUCAUUGACGUCCAGAUCAACGGUGAGGAAUGUGUCGUCGUUUCUCUCUCAGGGUUGGUGUUGGUGACGGACGCCAUCACAGCCAUGGGUCUUCCUCCAGGCCGCCACACUCUGGGCCAGCAGGUCAUCGAGAUCCAGGGUCUCCAUGCCUACGUAGCAGGUCUGCUUCUCCCUUUGCUCAAUGUCUCUGCGGCAGUGAGGGCGUUUUCACCAUGUGGGUCGGUGGACCAGCUGAAUCUGGUUCUGCUGGAUGAUGCGCUGAAUGUCAGAGCCACGUUCAUCUCAGGAGAGGAGGUCUGGAAAAGAGACGCAUAG